CUUGAUAGUCAGAGCGCACUAUGGCUGCGAUGCGGACAAUCCUCCUGUCCUGUCUUCUAUUCACAUGCGGGAAAGUUCUGGGGCUGUCAGGCAACUUUUGGCACAUCACGGAUCUUCACUGGGACCCAACCUAUAAACUCACCGACAAUCCAGAUCGUGUGUGUGCAUCCAGUGGAAAACGGCCUGCGCACAGUGCUGGUAAAUUUGGAGACUACCUCUGCGACGCGCCAUGGGAACUUAUUAACUCCACAGUGUAUGCAAUGAAAGACAUUCUGCCAGAUCCGGAUUUCAUCGUCUGGACAGGAGAUGACACGCCGCAUGUCCCGAACGAGGAUCUGGGAGAAGAGGCGGUUCUCUCCAUUAUCAGCAACCUCACCCACAUCAUAAAGCUUGUUUUUCCAGGUACUAAAGUGUACUCAGCGCUGGGGAAUCAUGACUACCAGAGCCAGCUACCCCCAGCCCAGAACAACAUCUAUGAACAGACAGCACAGCUGUGGCAGGGCUGGUUGAAACCAGAGUCUCAAACAACCUUCCGUACAGGUUCCCCUAUCAGUGCCAUGUUCUUGACCCCUGGGGUCACUCCCUGGAAGACCACCUUACCUGGGGUCAUAGACGGAGCCAACAACCCUGGGAUCCGUGUCUUUGAAUAUGACACCCAAACCCUUCUAGUCAAAGACAUGGUGACCUACUACCUGAACCUGACCCAUGCCAACGUGGCCCAGGCACGCUGGGAGAAAGAGUACCGCUUCACUGAGAGCUUUCGUGUGCCUGACGCCUCCCCGGCCUCCAUGCACCAGGUCGCAGAGCGCAUGGCCAGCAACCGCUGCUAUCUGCAGAAGUACUACGAGUUCAACUCAGUCAACUACGACCUGACAGAGUGCAACAGUGACUGCCGCGUCAACCACGUGUGUGCUGCUAGAGAGGUAGACUUUGAGAGGUACGAGCAUUGUCUGGAGAAAGAGAGGGCGUCAUCGACUGGUGUUGCCUUGUUGCCAGUUCUCUCUGUGGUGAUCAGUCUGGUCUGGUCCAGCUGUUAAUGAUCUCAAUGUGCACCAAAGACAUGGAUCCAUUACUACUGGCUGCCUACAAUGAAAAGAAUGAAAGGCUGCUCCAUCCUAUGGAGUCCUUCUUCCAAAUGUUGCGAUUAAGGACAUUUACCUUAAAUGAUUUAAUCAAAUAGAUACAUUUAACUUUUUCUAACAUUAGAUCUUUCAAGAAUGCCUCUUUUUGAGUAUAGCGAUCAGAAUUCACGGAUUGACUGCAUGCUGCAUUUUCCAGUCUGUGCAUCUCAAUUUCAAUAAUGUGCCAUGCUUGUUAAAGUAAUGCUAUGAACAUUUAGAAAAAAAUGGUUUAAUAAGAAGAUCCACGACCUUUGA